UAAUAAUUGUGUGGGUUCAAGUUGGGAAGUAAGUGAAGAUAUUCAUGAACCUUUAGGUUUAGAAUUAGAUAAUAGUUGUAUGGGUUCGAACGUAAGUGAAGUUAAUACUAGAUCCACUUUUGGUCUAGAAUUAGAAUUGGAAGGUGGUAUGGAUCCGGAAGUAAGUGAGGAUAAUUCUGGGCCUGUCUUGGGGCUUGAAUUAG